AUGUCCACAAGCCCUUCUCCCUCCGCUGCUGGCGACACCAAGCAGUCUGACCAGAUCCAUUUCCGAUUCUGUCGCGAGUGCUCCAACUUGCUCUACCCCAAGGAAGACCGCGUCACCAACCAGUUGAUGUUCACCUGCCGCACCUGCCACGUCGGCGAACCCGCCACCUCGUACUGUGUCUACCAGAACAAGCUCCACAGCCAAGUCGGAGACACGGCGGGUGUCACCCAGGAUGUGGGAUCUGAUCCGACGGUUUGUCUCCCUGGCUUCUGCACCCUCUGUGGUGACGAGAUUACCUGCUUUGAGUGUGGCUCGCUAGAAGGCGAGCCGGCUUCGGAAGAGGAGGAUACCAACAAGCUUUGCCCGAGUUGUGGUGAAAACGAAGCAGUCUUCUUCCAAUCGCAACAGCGAUCUGCGGAAACCGGAAUGAAACUCUACUAUGUCUGCUGCGCAUGCGGUAACGUCUUUAUGUGA